CCCUCUUUCGUGCUCAUCGAGGGUUGUCCAUUAUUGCUCCAUGAGAAGAGCUGACGAGAAAACCCUAAUUGAAGGCCAUCUUCAGCUCUUCUUCGAGACCUCCUGCUCUCUCUGAGCCCUAAAUUCCAUCUGAAAGCUCCUUAUUUCGGUUGGUUCAGUGGUAGAAGGCUCCGAUUGCGGUUGUAGAUGCUUGAUUAGAAGCCGGUUGGAAGCUGAGGCGUUUGAAGUUCCGCUUUGGGUUUUCGGUUUGGAACCCUAGAGUCGCAGCUCGGAUGUGCUUUUUAUUUUGCUUGUUUUUUUCUUCGGAUUAGAAAAGAGGGAUUGGUUUGGUGGUUUUUUUAGGUAAGUUUGAUUUGAUUUGGUUUGAUUUGUGUGCGGAGAUGAGUAGUAAGAAAGAGGAGGAGAGGAAUGAGAAGAUCAUCAGGGGGCUCAUGAAGCUUCCUCCUAAUCGGAAAUGCAUCAACUGCAACAGCUUGGGUCCACAGUACGUUUGUACGAAUUUCUGGACAUUCGUUUGCAUAGCUUGCAGCGGGAUACAUCGUGAGUUUACUCACCGAGUAAAGUCAGUAUCCAUGGCAAAAUUUACCAAACAAGAAGUUGAAGCUCUCCAAAAUGGGGGCAACCAGCGAGCAAGAGAAAUAUUUUUGAAGGAUUGGGACAUGCAACAAUUGAGGUUGCCUGAUAGCAGCAAACCUGACAGGAUCAGGGAAUUCAUUAGAAGUGUUUAUGUAGAAAAGAAAUAUGCUGGUGGGCGAUCUUCUGACAAGCCACCUAGGGACACACAGAGCCUUAAGAGUCAUGAAGAUCAUAGGCGGGCCAGUUCUUAUCAUUCAUACUCACAAAGCCCACCCUAUGAUCAUCAAUAUGAGGACAGACGUUAUGGAAAGCAGUCUGGUAUGCUUACUAGAAAGCCAGGUUCAGACAGAGGACAUUAUGAAGGGAAGUUAUCCAGUUUUAUGUAUAGCCCUGGGAGUCUGCGUGAACAAAUGUAUGAAGACAAGUUUGCCAAUGAGAGUUCUGGUUCAAGGAUGUCAGACUACUCAGCCUCCACCACAGGUGAUCCAUUUAGAUCUGAAAGCCAGUCACCGAAUUUUCAGGAGAGUAUAUACAGCAAGCCCCCUUUACAGCAGGCAAGAGAUAUUUUUGUUGAAGAUUCUCAACUUCAGUCACUGAAUAGACAUAAAACAAAUGUGAAGGCUGAUUUAGAUGGAAUUCCACGUCCAAAGAGAAGUGCAUCUUCGGGCAGCUUUGGAUCUUUUGAUAGCACGUCAUUGAAAUCAUUUAAUUCGGGAAGCUUAGUAGAUGUUGUCGUUGAGCCUGAUAACUCCGGCAAAACUCAGCAACUGGAGACUUUUUCAGUUUCCUCUAUAUCUCAGCCACCUCCUGUGCUUACUCCAGAGCUGGACCUCUUUAAUCUACCUCUGAUGCAAGUUGCUUCUCCAGCUCCAUCUAUAGACUUGUUUCAUGAUGUCAAUCACAAUAGUGCACCUGCAGUUCCUGAGCAAAAACCAAUGGUUCUUCCAUCACCAGAAAGUGGAGGAUGGGCUACAUUUGAUUUACCUCACAGUGUCAGGCCUACUUCGGAAGCUAAUUCAGGAAUCUCGACUACAGUGGAGCCUGUUGCUGGAGGGCCUAAGGGGAGCAUAGAUGUAUUUUCAUCCAUGCCUGACCAAUGGUUUUCAGCUCAGAGCUCUGUGCCUCUUACAUUUUUUCCUUUAAUUGGUGAUCAGUGGGAUACAGACCUUGGUAAAGUCAAAAGAUCUUCUGACCCUAAAAAUUCUCAGUCAUGGAAUGCUUUUGAUGGUUCUAAUGGUAACACUCAUAGCUUGUUUGACCUUCUGCCAAAGGGUAAUGAACUGCAGGUUCCAAUGCAUCAGCCUCCCUCUGAUGUUCCACUUGGAAUGUCAAAAGUUCCAAAGGAUUCUAUCGACGGGUUUCAAAUAUCACCUGCCAAUGAUAGAGCCCCUGAUCUUAAUUUACCAUUCAAUGGUGUCCCAGGCCCAUCUUGUCCUCCAUCAGUUCUACAAGAGACGGUUAUGGCCACUCAUCAUCGGAAAUCAACAAAUCCUUUUGAUAUUCCAGAUGAUCUAGAAGUACAACCUAACAAUAUGUUUCUGGACAUGAGCUCGUUACAAGCUACAUUGCCAAAUCCACAGUUGCCCCCUCCUUUUCUCGAGGCAUUGUCUGAACCAUUCUUCAAUCAGAACUCUGUCAAUGUGCAUGUUUCCUCCCUUCCCCUAGAAGGAUUGCCGUACAUAGGAGGGCAGGUUCCAGGUUCCCAGUUGCCUAACGUGGCUUCGCAAGGGUCAGUUGCAUCUAUUGGUGGCAAUCCUUUUGCAUAGAGAACUAGCACCAAAAAUGUCUUGAGUCAUGGCUUAAACUGUUGCACAGAUGACAGUUCAACCAUCAGUCAGCAACAUAAUUUAAAUCUACAUUCCUGUCCGCCUGUCUCUUCAUGAAGCCUAAACCAGAAUUUCACAUGUAUGGCGCCUACAGCUUUCAAAUUGGUUUGUUGUGCCGGCUGUACUCCAUCCUUCGCUGCUGAUGAAUAAUCAAGAUUAUGUAGAUCACGACAUUUCUGGCUGUGAUGGUGCCACCAUAUCAGUCAUACGUAAAGUCACACCAAUUCUAUGCCAGAAAUACAACUAAGAUUAUAUGUAUUUCAUCGGGAUAGCUUUCAGUUUGGUUAGUUUCUUUUUAAAUGUUAGGAAUCUUUGCUAAAAUGUUGUAAAUUGAUGGUUAAAAUCCGCUGCCUCUUGCUUGAUGUGUGGCACUAUUGUCUUCUUUUCUAUAUGGAACUAUCAUUACUUUUGUGCU